CUCUAACUUACAGUACCAUGGUGAUGUUCUUGUCACUUUCCUAACAAUUGAAUUUUUAUACUCUUUUCACGAGAUUUUAUAGUGAUUAUUAGUAUUUCAAAACGUAUAUGUGAAUUUAUAAUUGCUGUGUGAUGUUUUUUCGGUUCCAUUAAAGGUGAAGAGUCUCAUGAAGACAAUUAAAAAAUAAAAACGAGGCUGCUAGAGAACCAAAGAUCAUCGUUUACAUUCAUUUUGCAGGUGCGGUAAUACCACAAGGAAAAAUUUGGUGUUGAUUUGUGGAGUGGCGCGAGCGUUAGGACAGGGAAGAGAGUGGUCAAUAUGACUCCUAUCUUCCUCGUCCUGUUGGUGGCGAUCAACCCAAUAAUCGCGCAGAAUCAUGGUCCACCGAAAAUCCUGAUGAGGCCGCGAUCGCAGCACGUGAAGACCGGAGGCAUUGCAUGCUUUUACUGCAGCGCUCAUGGUGCACCAACACCCCAAAUACACUGGCGGAAAAACGGCAAAAAAGUAUCCAUAUCUCAGUCUCGAUAUCAUACUAAAACCUACGCGAAUGGCUCGCUACUCAGAAUUGAUCCAGUGCGACCUCAAAGGGAUGAAGCAACGUGGGAAUGUGUUGCUGAAAAUGGAGUUGGUGAUGCUGUUACCGCUGAGGCUCAACUUACUGUCCACGAACCCGACAAUCUGCCACGCGGAUUUCCGGUAAUCACCCAGGCCCCAACAACCAAGGUCGUGGAAAUGGGUCACAAUGCCUUGUUAUCCUGCACAGCAAUUGGCUCACCCACCCCCAUAAUCUCCUGGAUCCGCAACAUGGUACCUAUCAACACAUCGAAUCCACGAUACGUCGUCCUAGACUCCGGUGCACUGCAAAUUGAAGCUUCGGAAAUAGAAGAUCAGGGACAGUACGAGUGUGUUGCUAAUAAUACCGUUGGCACUGAGUACUCAGGAGUCAUUCAGCUUUAUGUCAGAGUGAGGCGCCUUCCACCAAAUUUUUCAAUCCGUCCACCCGCCGUUAGUGAGGUAAUGAUGGGUGCAUCACUCAAUCUGACCUGCGUUGCUGUAGGCUCCCCAAUGCCAUACGUCAAGUGGAGGAAAGAGCCAGCAAUUGACAUGACUCCCGAUGACAAACUUCCAAUUGGCAGAAAUGUACUAAUCCUAUUUGAUAUCAAAGAAUCAGCGAAUUACACUUGCAUUGCUGCUAGUGAUCUUGGAGUUAUUGAGACUGUGUCGUCCGUUAGAGUCCAAUCCCUUCCGGGAGCUCCUGAAAAUGUUCAGGUCUCGGAAAUAACAGCUACGUCUGUCAAACUCACGUGGUCCUAUAAACGUCCUGAUGAACUACAGUACUACGUUAUUCAGCAUAAGCCCAAACAAGCUAAUCAGGCAUUCGCAGAAAUAUCUGGCAUCACGACAAUGUACUAUCACAUUAGGAAUCUUAGUCCCUACACCGAGUACGAGCUCUAUGUGAUUGCUGUUAAUUCAAUUGGACGGGGUCCCCGAAGCCACCCUGUAUUUGUUACUACUGGUGAAACAAGUUCCAGACCGGGUUCAGCACCACGUAAACUUCAAGUUCGCCCGUUGAGUUCAAGUACCAUGAUUAUACAGUGGGAAGAACCGGAAACGCCGAAUGGCCAAGUGACGGGCUACAAGGUUUAUUAUACGACCGACUCCAAUCAGCCAAUGGCUUCGUGGCAUUCACAAGUUGUGAAUAAUAACCAACUGACCACGAUAUCCGAACUCAUACCUCACACAAUGUACACAAUACGCGUGCAAGCACUGACUAGUGUUGGUCCUGGACCACUGAGCCAACCGAUACAAAUAAAGACGCAACAAGGGGUGCCUAGCCAACCGGAAAAUCUUUCGGUAGUCGAUAGCGGGGAAACCUCGGCGACGCUCCGCUGGAGCAAGCCGGCUCAUAGCGCUGAAAAUAUUCUUAGCUAUGAGUUAUACUGGAACGACACUUAUGCCAAGGAGAAACAUCAUCGGAGAAUACCAGUGACAGAGAACUACACCCUUACUGGUCUUUAUCCAAAUACCGUGUACUACGUGUGGUUGGCAGCUAGGAGUCAAAGGGGCGAGGGUGCAACAACGAUACCCUAUGAAGUUCGCACCAAGCAGUACGUACCCGGGGCUCCGCCUCGGAAUGUAACUGGACGAGCGACCAGCGGAACUGCCAUUGAGGUAUCAUGGGAACCACCGCCAAAGGAAAGCACCAAUGGAAAGAUCAUUUACUACAAACUUCAGGUGGUGGAAACAGGACUUUCCGACUCGGACGCACGUGUUAUCAAGCUCAUUGACACCAAAUUUACGUUGGAUGAGCUGAAAAAAUGGACGACAUAUCGUAUUUGGGUGGCGGCUGGAACUAGCGUAGGUGACGGACCACCGAGUUAUCCUAUCACUGUCAGAACUUAUGAGGACGUGCCAGGAAAUCCUCAGGACGUGAAAGCCACAGCAAUCAAUUCAACAACCAUCAGGGUCGAGUGGAAACCACCGCAUGUCAAAGAUCAAAAUGGCGUUAUUCGCGGAUAUCAUGUUCAUGUUCAAGAAGUUAGAGAAGAGGGGAAGGAUUUACUAAACGAGCCGAUACGACGAGACGUUCACGAGGAGGGGGUACUAGCAAUCAAUAUUACUGGCCUCCAGCCAGAUACCACCUACCACGUACAGGUUGCAGCGUUGACCAGAAAGGGCGACGGGGAUCGUUCGCCGCCAGCCAAAGUCAGGACUCCCGGGGGAGUACCAAAUCGUCCACAAGUUAAUGUGAAAGUGAUAAACCAGGAUCCAAUAACACUUGAGCUUGAAUGGGCCAUGCCAACCGAACCUGCUGGUCAACUAAUUGGUUAUCGAGUCAAAUUUGGAAUAAAAAAUCACACCCUUAGGGAAGAAAUGAUCAAUACCACUCAUCAAUUGACUUAUAGAAUCAAGGACGUUGAACGUGGUGUGCAUUAUGAAUUUCGUGUAGCUGGUGAGAAUGAGAAUGGUAUAGGUCAGGAGACGGUGAGAUACUGGGAGAGUCCCGAGGGUGAACCAACAGGACCACCGACAAAUCUCUCAUAUCACUUUCAAACACCAGACAUUGUCUGUGUCACUUGGCAUCCACCGAGACGUGAACACAGAAAUGGUCGGAUAAUUCAUUAUGACGUGGAAUUUCACAAAAAGAAUGAUCACAGUGCUAUUGAGAGCCGAAAUACCACUCAAACGAGGGCAGUAUUUACAAAUUUAGAGGCAGCCACUGAAUACGUUUUUCAUGUCAGAGCUCGUACGUCACGAGGUGCUGGUCCAUUUUCAGAGAAAAUAACUAUUCUCACCGAGAAAGAUAUUGGUCGAGCACCGAUGGAUGUGAGAGCAAUCGCCACAUCAGAGUCCAAUGUUGAAGUGUGGUGGGAGCCAGUACCAAAUCGUGACAAAAUCAUUGGCUACAAGAUUUUCUAUACAAUGACAGCUGUUGAAGAUUUGGACGAGUGGAAGCAAAAAAUCGUUGGCAUGACUGAGGCAGUAGAUUUAGAAAAUUUGGAGCGAGACACUGAGUACGCUAUUGCAGUGGCUGCAAGGUACAAGGGACGAAUGCUCGAUACUCCGGGCAGACUUAGCCAAAAAGUCACGGUUAAAGUUAAGCCAGAAGAUGUACCCCUUAAUCUACGUGCUUCUGAUACAUCAACACACUCAAUGACACUAUCAUGGACACCCCCCAUAAGACUGAAUCCUAUAAAUUAUAAGGUAUCCUUUGACGCCGUUAAAGAGUUUGUUGAUUCUCAGGGAAUAACGCAAAUGCAAAUAGUCCCACGCAGAGUUAUAACUCUCGAUCCACAAGCAACAGCAACGACAAUCGAUGAACUACAGCCGUUUACAACUUACAAUGUUAACGUUACCGCAGUACCGCCCGACUCUUCGUACAAACCACCAACUAAAAUAACUGUAACAACCCAAAUGGCAGCACCAAAACCCAUGGUCAAACCUGACUUUUAUGGUGUUGCUAAUGGUGAAACAAUACAAGUUAUAUUACCACAGGCAUCUGAGGAAUAUGGACCAAUCGCCUAUUAUUACUUAAUUGUUGUGCCUGAGGAUAAGUCAACCGCUAACAAACAGCCUGAUGAAUUCACCGAGGAUAUGAUUACGGGGAAGGGAGCUAAACAGGAUAAGGAAACUGCGCCCUAUAUUGCAGCUAAAUUCCCACACCGAGCCAUUCCAUAUACAUUCCAUUUGGGGAGCAAUGAAGAGAAUGAAGGUUUUGUAAAUAAGAAAUUGGAGUUGAAGAAGAAGUACAGAAUAUUUGUCAGGGCUAUUGUUGAUACUCCUAAAAAGCACUUGUAUACAUCGUCACCGUUCUCCGAGUAUCUCUCUCUUGACAUGAGGGAAGUACCACCAGGUGAACCUCCAAGUAGACCGAAUCCCGAUAAUCCAGUUGAUGGUAAUCCUGAAAUAUCUGUAACAAACAGCGGUCAAGAGCCGGGUAUGGUGUGGGUAGUUGGUCCAAUAAUAGCAGCUCUAAUGGUCAGCGUUUUUCUCGUCUUACUAUUUAUUAUAAAAAAACGCAGACAGCCGUGCAAAGCACCAGAUCAGGCAGCUGUCACUAGGCCCCUUAUGGCAGCAGACAUAAGCUCUAACCACGCGCCAUCAGAUCCAGUUGAGAUGAGGCGACUAAACUUUCAAACUCCCGGCAUGAUAUCGCAUCCACCAAUUCCUAUCAGCGAACUUGGUAAUCACAUUGAACGUCUCAAGGCCAAUGACAAUCUUAAAUUUAGUCAAGAGUAUGAGUCUAUUGAACCAGGACAACAGUUUACGUGGGAUCACUCUAACAUGGAGGUUAAUACAUCAAAAAAUCGUUAUGCCAAUGUGAUAGCCUAUGAUCAUUCACGAGUUAUUUUGCAAACAACCGAUGGAAUCGCCGGGUCUGAUUAUAUAAAUGCCAAUUACUGCGAUGGAUAUAGAAAACAGAAUGCCUAUGUUGCAACACAGGGGCCACUACAGGACACAUCUACCGAUUUUUGGCGGAUGUGUUGGGAAUUAAGGACAAGUACAAUCGUCAUGAUGACAAAAUUGGAAGAACGUACGCGAAUAAAGUGUGAUCAAUACUGGCCGAGUCGUGGCUCGGAAACUUACGGUCAAAUGACUAUUACAAUAAGCGAUAUUCAGGAAUUGGCAACUUAUUGUAUUAGGACGUUCCAAGUUUGCAGAUCGGGCUAUUCCGAGAGACGAGAGAUUAAACAAUUACAAUUCACAGCUUGGCCCGAUCACGGUGUACCGGAGCAUCCGGCGCCAUUCCUCCAAUUUUUACGGCGAGUGAGAACGCUGAAUAUGCCAGAUUCAGGACCCCUGGUUGUCCAUUGCAGUGCAGGUGUCGGUAGAACUGGCUGUUUCAUUGUCAUUGAUUCCAUGCUUGAGAGAAUAAAGCAUGAAAAAAUGAUUGAUAUUUAUGGUCACGUAACGUGUCUACGUGCUCAACGUAAUUACAUGGUGCAGACUGAGGACCAGUAUAUAUUCAUUCAUGAUGCACUGUUUGAAGCAGUGAUAUGUGGCAAUACCGAGGUACCAGCCCGUAAUUUGCAUUCCCAUAUUCAAAAGUUAAUGCAACCUGAGUUGGAUAAUAUAACAAGUAUGGAGCUUGAAUUUAAAAAAUUAUCCAAUAUUAAGGCCGAUUCAACUCGAUUUAUAUCGGCUAAUUUGCCAUGCAAUAAACACAAAAAUCGAUUGGUACACAUAUUGCCUUAUGAAUGUACAAGGGUGUGUUUGCAGCCUCAACGUAAUAUCGAGGGUUCGGAUUAUAUUAAUGCAAGUCUCAUUGAUGGUUAUCGUUAUCGUGGUGCAUAUAUCGCUACCCAGGGACCGUUGAGCGAUACAACUGAUGAUUUUUGGCGGAUGCUUUGGGAGCAUAAUUCAACAAUAGUCGUUAUGUUGACAAAAUUGAAAGAAAUGGGAAGGGAAAAGUGUCAUCAGUAUUGGCCGUCUGAUCGGUCAAUUCGCUAUCAAUGUUUUGUUGUCGAUCCAAUUGCUGAAUACAACAUGCCCCAGUAUAUACUGAGAGAAUUUAAAGUGACUGAUGCACGUGAUGGUGCUAGUCGCACUGUCAGACAAUUUCAAUUUAUCGAUUGGCCGGAGCAGGGUGUACCAAAGUCCGGCGAUGGUUUUAUUGAUUUCAUCGGACAAGUGCAUAAAACUAAAGAACAAUUUGGACAGGACGGUCCUAUUACUGUGCAUUGCAGCGCUGGUGUUGGUAGAACCGGUGUUUUUAUCACACUCAGCAUUGUUCUCGAGCGUAUGCAGUAUGAGGGAGUAGUCGAUAUCUUUCAGACUGUUAGGAUACUUCGUACACAGCGUCCUGCUAUGGUUCAGACUGAGGAUCAAUAUCAAUUUUGCUAUCGCGCAAGUUUGGAAUAUUUAGGAUCAUUUGAUCAUUACGCCAACUGACAACCAGAAAAACGCGAGCUUAGAGAACCAACGAGAGACCGAGGAGAGCGGCAUAUUAGGAGUCGGGAGAGUACUGGUGAGAGGGCAAAAGUUCGACGCGUUUGAAUAGAAAGUUGG